GCUUUCCAUAGGUGCUCUGUAGGGUAAAAAGUGCAAGUCUGAUUUGUUUUGCUUGGUUGUUUUAGGGUUUUUUAACUAUGCAUGACCUUGCCCCUAAUGUGCUAUAAUUCUGAAGUCCUGGUCCAGGUCCAUCAGGCAGCUUUAUAAUCCCAUAGCCUAGGAGAGGGUGCACAGCAUUUCGAUGUCCUACAUGGGUUUCAAUAAUUACAGGAUGGGGGAAAGGCCUAAAUCCCAAAAUUAGUUUUGUAAAUAAACUUUCCUAGCACUUCUUCCUUUAUUGAUCCUCUGACUUCAAGACAUAAUUCACUUUUCCAUUUUCCCAUCAUCCUACACACCAAAUUCAUUAUUAUUUAGAAAAGCAGGUUAUUUCUUGGGAAAGGAAAACAAUACAAGGAAAAAGGGAAUCAAUACCAUGUUGAUGAUCAGCCUAGGAGAAAAAGUCAUUAUUCAGUUUCCAAAAGAAAUUUGACAGGCAGAUCCUCUAGCAGCUGCUGGAAUUGCAGAUUAUGGAGCUUUCUGCACUUAGAGCGGAAAGCAGCUCUUCUGUUCCUGGGCUUGACAGUACUUCAGAGGAAAAGGGAUUCCCCAGCACUGUUCCGUGUUUGGAGCAGAAACAAAAAAGCCAUGGAGAAGAAAAUAAGCAGCUGUUGGAAAGGAGUACAUCUGAUUGUGCAUGUUUGGUAACCAAUGCUUUCAUGCCCACAGCAGUUAGCACAGAAAAGGAGGUGUGUUUGCAAGGGCAAAAUGACUUUUCUAAGAAUGAUAAACAUUCAAAUAUCAGUUCAAGAAUAAUGUCAAGUCCAGCUGAGAGUAUUCCAACAGAUAUAUCACUGAGGUUAUCCAUGGUAAGACAAAAGACUGGACUUCAUGAUCAUCACCUUCAAGGAGAACUGAGAGGACGACUACGGCUCCUGGAAAAUGACAGCAGGGAGGUCAUGGCAACUUUUAGUGAGCUGUCUGCCAGACUGUUAUCUAUUCACAGUGACCAAGACCGAAUUGUGGUGACAUUUAAAACUUUUGAAGAGAUAUGGAAGUUUAUAACCUAUUAUACCCUUGGUUAUGUAAAUCACUGCAUGGAGAACUUGUUGCUAGAUCAGUCUUUCUGGCUCUCUUCACAAGAGAAGAAUAACGGUAAACAAGAAGAAGCCAGAAUUGAAGUCUCUAUAAAUGAAGAGUCUUUAAAUUUGAUGUACAGAGGUCUUCUAAUGCAGGAAGGGACAUUCUUUGUCUUGUGUUCUGACAACCUCAUAAAAGAGGUGACAGCUGCAGAUACUGUAGUGAAAGUUUACCAGAAUGAGUUUGUGACUGAAGACACAUCUGGUGGAUCACUGAGUGAUGACCUGACUUUAGACAAUAAAGUCACUACAGAACCUUUGAUUCCUUUUCAUCAGUGGUUUCUUAAAGUCUGUUCUGAUUCUAUUGAUUUUGCUUGCAAAACAAAAUCUCAACCCAGUGAGCAAAUUGCAACAGGAUCUUCUCUAGCAGUGAUUAGCUACGAAAGUGCUGCUCCUGAAGAGAUUAGCUUCCAGAAGGGGGACAAAAUUGAAAUCAUUGGCUACUUCAUUGAAUGCAUGCCAUGGUUUGUUGGAAGGCAUGUAUUUACUGGUCAAAUCGGUUUUGUAAAGACAACUCAUGUUACACCUGACAUCUGUAGAACUGACUCCCAAAAUUUGGAUUUUCUGGAAGAGGAAGAGAGAUUGUUUCUCACCAAAGAAAAAAAUGCUGUGGAAGAGGAUGUGAUGCAUUUAGUAAAGCAAACAUUAAAUACAGAAGUUUUCACUGUAUAUAGAAUAGAUGGAUUAGAACAAUUGGAAUUUCAGAAGCCUUAUGAGCAAGACUUUUCACAUCACUCAUCUCACACAGAGUUCAGUAGAAUGAAGAAGGUGAAAGAAUUCCUGAUGAAAUGUAAAGAUUCACAGCUCCAGUUGGAAAGGACAGAGAGUCAAGAAAAGGAUUUUUAUAGGUCUUCAAAUAAAGAGACCAUUCCCUUGUCUGAAGAACCACAUUUCUGCAUACAUCAAGAUAAAGAUGAUCUGGAGUCUGAGGUCUUUCAGUCUUUGUUACUGUUUUUAAACAGUAAAGAGUAUGAGAGAGACUUCAAAAAUCUCUAUGACUUCUCAUUCCCAUUUCUGAGCACCACAUUUUAUGGCUAUAGUGGUGAGGAUGAACUAGUUGGCUAUUUUAGAUUGGCAAGAGAGGCAGCAAAAAAAGCAAAUAUGCCUUGGGCCCUGAUGAGGCUAUGCUUUCUUUUGGGUAGACUGAGUGUUAGAAAGCUGAAAUUUUCUCAAGCACGGGUUUAUUUUGAAGAAGCCAUGGGAGCAAUGAAAGGAGAUUUUGGUGACCUGUGUCUGGUUAUCGCUCUUUAUACAAAUCUAACAGCCAUUUACUUGAAGCAGAAGAACAAAGAAAAAAGUGCUCGCAUUUUUGACAAGGCCGCAUCCCUGCUUGUGGGGAUUCCCAACUGCAUUUGCAGCACUGACAUGGAGUUGGAUAUUUUAAGGAGUGCCUUAAAGAGGACAAUAGUGAGUCAGAGCAAGCAUGCAGAGGCUAGAGCAUGCUUUCUUUUGGUAAAACAUUACACAAGACUUAAGCAGUACGAAGAGGCACUACCAUUUCUAGAAAGGCUGCAAUUAUUGAAUAAUGAGUUGGGUUUACAAAACAGCUCCUUGUCAAUCAACUGCUAUUUUAAACUGGGUGAAUUCUACAGUCAGAAAUACUUGCCACACAUUGUGCUAAGCUGCGUAAGGAUUGCUUCUUCCCAGGGCUCAGGUACUUUAAUUAAUUGUUUGAGAAGCAUUGAUUUGGUUAUGAAAAAUGCACCCAAGCUGUAUCAGCUUAGAAAAGCAGGACAAACACUCCCAUCACAAAUUGCGCCUUACCUCAGACACGCGCUUGCCUCUGUAUUUACCAAUGAACAACAAAAACUAUGCAGCACAAUUUAUCUUGGCUUAGCAGAACUGUACAGGCAUCACAGACAAUAUGGGAAGGCCAUUGUUUGUAUGGAGAAAGUACUGGACUCCAAUACUUCACCCAGUGCCGAAGAAACUAUUAACCACUUAGUUUUACUUGCUUGGUUAUAUAUUCUGCACAGACAAAAUGCUGAUGCUUUGGUCAUUUUAAAUGCUACAGCAGACUCUUUUUGUGGAAGUCCUCAACAGUUGGGUGUUAUUUAUAAUAUGAUUGGUAUUGCUGUGAAAAGAGUGAAGAAUAUAAAAGAAGCAGCUGAGAACUACUACAAAGCUCUACAGAUCUCGGAAGAGACUAAAAUGACCCAUAACCAAGCAGUUGUGUUGGCCAAUUUUGGGAUGCUAUGUCUGGAUUCAGCCGCUAGUAACUUGGCAGAGCGCUACUUCAUCAAAGCUGUGAAGCUGUUCUCAAGGCUUCCAAGCAUGGAUUGUGGCAGAGAUUUUAUUCAAGUCCUCCUCCGACUGGGAUCCUAUUAUGCUAAUGGCACCCAUAAGGAAAAAGGACUAUUUUAUUAUGAAUGGGCCUUUUUGGUAGCAAUGGAAACAAAUAAUUUGGAAAGUCAGCUCCAAGCUAUUCAGCUGCUGUGCCAAUUCUACAGUAGAGUUGCUCCAGAUGAAGCCCAGUGUGUCAUCUACAAUGAAUAUCAAUUAUCACUAGCUAGAAAAAUGUCUGACAAAGUUUUAGAGGGACAAAUUUUGGAAACCAUCAGUCAGCUGUAUCUCUCGUUAGGCACAGAAAGGGCCUAUAGAUCUGCACUGGAAUAUACCAAACGGAGCCUAGGAAUAUUUAUAGAUCUUCAGGAGAAAGAGAAAGAGGCCUAUGCCUGGCUCCAAGCAGGAAAGAUAUAUUACAUUCUGAGGCAGAAUGAACUAGUGGAUCUCUAUAUCCAGGUUGCUCAAGAUGCUGCUCUUUAUACUGGGGAUCCAUACUUAGGAAUGGAGUUAUUUGAAGCUGCAGGCGACAUAUUUUUCAAUGGUGCCUGGGAGAAGGAAAAAGCAGUGUCUUUCUACAGGGACAGAGCUCUUCCACUUGCUGUAAAGAUCGGAAACAAAAAGGCAGAACUCCGAUUGUGCAACAAACUAGUGGAACUGCUGCUGAGGCUGAAGGCUUAUGAGGAAGGCCUGGAAUAUGCAAAAGUAUCUCUCUCACUCAGUGUGAAUUUAGGAGAUCAGCUAAAUGAGCGAAUAGCAUAUCAUCGGCUUGCUGCCAUCCAUCACCGCCUCGGUCAGUGCGAACUUGCUGAACACUUUUACCUGAAAGCGUUAUCACUCUGCUCGUCUCCUCUGGAAUUUGAUGAAGAGACACUGUAUUAUGUGAAGGUCUAUUUGGUCCUAGGAGACAUUAUAUUCUAUGACCUAAAGGAUCCUUUUGAUGCAGCAGGAUACUAUCAUCUGGCACUUGCAGCUGCUAUGGACUUGGGGAACAAAAAGGCUCAAUUGAAGAUUUAUACAAGACUUGCAAUUAUCUACCACCACUUCCUUGUGGAUCGGGAGAUGUCACUGUUCUUUUACCAGAAGGCAAGAACCUUUGCAACGGAGCUUAAUGUUCGGAGAAUAAACUUGGCCCCCAAUCAGUAUUGUAGGAAUGCAGCAUUGGUACCUCUGAAAGAUGUCCUGUGAAAACUUGUCAGACAGCUAGAGGAACAUUAUUUUGCAUUUAUGAGACCAUCCAAUAUAUUCCUGACUAUUUUACAUUGACACAAAAUUCUGGGGACUCGGCAUCACUGGCUAAAAUACCUGUCUUGACAAGAGUGUGCUGGCAUUCACUUGACACUUUAGACUUAAUCUGAAAGCAUAAAUUGGCCUAGGAAGUAAAGGAAAAACCUCACAUUUUUGUAUCAGAAGUAGUUUUCUCUCUUGUUUAAAUUCUUGUUGUUGCAAAGUCAGAGCUUAGAAUAUGAAUAAUAUACAUCUGCUAUGAAAUGUCAUAGUAAAGCACUCUAAAUGUAAAUAGAAAAUCAUGACUGCUCCCCCCACAUUAAAUAAGAUCUAUUCUAAGAAUAAUAUUAUAGACUUGCAUCUGUGUCUUCCAAAAUAUUUAUGCUACAAGGAUCAUAGGCUCUGGAUCCUGAGUGCAGCUCUUGACUUGGGCACUUAAGCUCUAGACAGAGAGGAAUUUCAGACACCCUGGCUUUGCGGUUCUUAUAGAUCCAUUCUUCCUACUUAGCAUAUGAGAUUUUUUGGACUUCCCUGCUGAAACACUGACUUCUCUUCCAGACACUGUGAAGAGAACCUAGAUACCAAUAUUGGGUGUUGCUUUUCACUUUGGGAGUCAAGUGUUGCAUUACCUAAUUGAAAACACUUAUUGCAUCUAGUCCAACAUCCUUUUGAAAAUGGGAUUUAUUUAUUUAUUUUGGGCUUCUACAUUUUUAUCCUUUGGGAAGUUUUAACCUAGAUAAAACUGAUUUAAUUCACUCUUCGCUUCUCUAUCUAGGAUUCUGGGAGAAAAUCUUCACAUCAGAGCAUAUGUUACUGAUGCAUUCUUAUAGUCUCCAAUUUUAUGGAUGCCUGAAUUGAACAGACAAAUCUGAACAUUUCUAAGUUAUUAGAAAUGAAGGGUCUUGUCCUAGGGUAUUAUCUGUAUGGGAAAUUAACUUUCUAAUAAGGUCCUAGAUUCUAACUAUUAACUGAGUGCUGUGCUAAGCUGAAAAUUAAUGUACCCUGUUUCACAGCUACAUACCUAAACCAGCAAACUUGAUGAACUUCAGCACAAGUGUCUAAUUAUGAUCUCUCCAAAAUCAAGCAGGCUGUAGGAGGUGUUGCUUUUCUGAUUAUUUACCAGCAUUCUUGUCUUGUCAGCUUCUCACAGCUCACAAUACCAGGCAAUUUUUCAUUUCAGUUGUCUUUGCUCUAAUUCUAUUUAUUGCAAAUCAGAAGCAGAGUCUUAUCACCUAGAGUUUCUUCAUGUUCCAGGAAAAGAAGCUGCACUUCCUAAUCUGAAAUUCAAUUUUACUGAUAAGACCUAUCUGCUUUCUUGCAUAACUACUUCCUUCGGUUGCCCCGAGUCUUAUUUACCUAGCAUUUCAGACCCUUAUAUUAAUUAACUGCCAUGAAGCUAGGUUAUGCUAGGGCAUAAGAUAUAGGUGUCUAGGCCUUAUGGCUCCUAGUCACAAGGUACAUUAUUGGAGUCAAUGUUAUAUCUCAAUUUGGUUUUGACAAAGAUAUAAUGAAUGCUCUAUCUGUACCUUUUUAUCUCUUGAUUCUGCAACUUCUGCUGAAGCUCCAAUAUGACUGUAAUCUUCCUAUAGGUGUAUCCCAGUAAAUGUGCCCUGAGUUCUACAGGUAAUCCUAGGAUCGUAGAUCUAGGAUUGGGGGGGCGGGGGUUGGCAGAUGGUGUGGUGUACCAUCACCUAUAAGCAUGAUGCACAUUUUUCUCCAGUUAAAGAAAAACCAGAAACUUUGUUAAUAUAUGUUAAAGGUUUAGUGCUAUAUUAUUCAGUUUUAAAAACAAAGCAAAAUUUACUGGAAUUUCUCUAAUUUGCUAUCUUUAUAUAUGAAGUUUAAAAAACUAGGC